AUGGUGCAGCGGCAGGAGCGCCGGGAGGAGGAGAGUGACAUCGCGUUGUGCGGCGCGGGAAGGCGGUGCGGCGCCGGGAGGGCUUGGGAGCAGCUUCUCAACGCCGGGCCGCCCCCGCAGCCAUCGUCGUACGACACGGCAUGGGUCGCCAUUGUUCCGGCGCCGGGGUCCCCUCAGUCUUCGCGCUUCCCGAAGUGCGUGGACUGGAUCCUGCGGAACCAGAGCGGCGACGGCUCGUGGGGGCCGCAGGCUGAUGGCUCCGGCGACGGCCCGUGGUUACUGGGCAAGGACGCGCUCUCGUCGACGAUGGCGUGCGUCCUCGCGCUCCGGACGUGGGGCGUCGGCGACGAGCACGUCGGCAAAGGGCUCCGCUUCAUCGGGCACAACGCGUCCUUGGUGACGGACGACAGGAGCGACACGCCGGCAGGGUUCAACGUCAUCUUCCCCGGCAUGCUCACUCACGCCAUGGGCAUGGGGCUGGAGAUCCCACGGGAGAGCACUCGACUACCUGGAUUCCCUCAUCAGCAAAUUCGGCAGCUCAGGUGCAGUGCAGAACGUGUCCUGCCAGCCAAGAAAAGAUGGCAGAAUUAA